UUGUUAUUUUGUUCUCUUUUUAGGUCUCACAUUUUGGAUGAGUCUGAUCCUAAGGAGCUUGAGAUUGCUCGACAAACAUUAACGUUUUUAAAUAGCUUUGAAGAAAUUAUUGGUGCUAAGACAUUGGAGAAAUCGGGUUUAACUGAUGGGCUUUGUCCGGAAACAAGUUCAAUUCCUGAUUUUCGAGGUUCACUACCACAAGCUGUGUUGUUGAUCGAAAAUCUCCAGGAAGCUGACGUUGUUGCUGCCCACCCUGAAGUGGAACUUGGUGGGGAAUGGAAACCGACUGAUUGCAAAGCGCGUCACAGAGUGGGUAUCAUUGUUCCCUUUCGUGAUCGUCAAAGUCAUCUUACGCGUCUGCUGGAUUUUCUCAUCCCUAUUCUUCAAAGACAGCGUUUGGACUUCCGAUUUAUUGUCACUGAACAGUAUGGCAACGACUUGUUCAACAAAGGCCGUAUCAUGAAUGCUGCGUUCCGAUUCGCUGAAACGUUAAAUGUGGACUGCGUUAUUUUCCAUGAUGUGGAUAUGUUCCCACAGGAUGAUCGCAAUCCAUAUGCAUGUCCACCUUUUCCACGUCAUAUGGGAGCAUUUGUGAACACUCUGGGAUAUCAACUAUGGUACGAAGAGAUCGUGGGUGGUGUGUUAGCAGUAUCUAUGGAAGAUUAUAGAGUUAUUAACGGUUACUCGAAUAUGUAUUGGGCAUGGGGUGGAGAGGACGACGACAUGGGAAAGAGGAUUCUUUCGUUAAACUAUACGAUAGAGCGGCCAGAUCCCGAAACAGGCCGAUAUUCAAUGUUGAAGCAUGUGAAGCGGAAACGAACUGCACCAAAACUCGUAUACAAAUUGCUUGAUAUUGCGGAGAAAAGAGUUGCAUAUGAUGGAUUAAAUGAGACUGAUAAGUGGACUAUACGGAAGAUCACCGUGCGGCCACUCUAUUACCAUCUAUAUGUAGACGUCGGUAAAGUCCCGGAUGAAUGGCGUGAGAAGAGUUAG